CUCAUUUCUUGCAGAGACUGCCGUGAAGAUCGAACUGAGAAAGAAAAAACUGAAGCAGAAGGGCUGUAGAAAAAAAGAAAGUAAAUCCAUACACCGAAAUAAAACACAACUUCGUGCUUUAACAAUUUUUUUUUACUGUGCAAAGUGCAGCAGUUCCUUGCUCAUUAAACUAGAACCAAGAAACACAAUAUUUAACGCGUCAGUUCGCGUAAGUGCGGCAAAGUGCGAGUGCAAGAGACGCUAAAAGAGCGAUACAAAAAAAAAAACAGGAAUUUCGUAGAGCAGCAAAGCGAGUCCAAAUCCAAAAGUCUCUGACAGUAACGAGACAGAAGGUUCCACUGCCAAAUCCAACAAGAUGACGACCAAAAUGGCAAUUAACGCAAAGGAUAUUUUCCGCAACCAGCACCGCCUGAUCCGCUUCCUCGAGCAGUCGAACCGGUUGUGCAGCAACCAGUCUCUGAAAGCCGCCCAAGCGGCACAGCUGCAACAAAAGUCGUCGGCGGACUUCGAGAUCACCGCCUCGCUGGACGCCCAAUACACCAGUGCCCCGGAGCCCAUUAAGCAUGACAAGAAUCUGGGUCACCAGUUCCGUGCCUCACAGAUCUCCGUGCGACUGGCCGCACCGGAGCAACUGCAGCCCAAGCCGGACAACGAUGAGGAACUGGGCUUCGGCCGCCUAUUCACCGAUCACAUGCUCAAAAUCUACUACCACAAGAGUCUGGGCGGAUGGCAGCGACCGGAGAUUACGCCGCUGGAGAAUCUAGUGAUGCACCCCGCCGCCAAGGUCCUGCACUACGCCGUUGAGCUCUUCGAGGGCAUGAAGGCGUACCGCGGUGUCGAUGGCAAGAUCCGCAUCUUCCGGCCGGACAUGAACAUGAACCGCAUGAACCUGGCCGCCCAGCGAUCCGGUCUGCCCACCUUCGAGGCCAAGGAGUUCGUCCAGUGCCUGUCCCGCCUGCUGUCCAUCGAUUCCGAGUGGGUUCCCCACACGGACACCGCCAGCUUGUACAUCCGCCCCACACUGAUCGGCAUUGAUCCCACACUGGGAGUUGCUUCCUCCGACUCGGCCCUGCUCUACACGAUCCUCAGCCCCGUGGGCAGUUACUUCAAGACGGGCUCCUCCGGUGCCGUCUCCCUGCUGGCCGAUCCCAGUUAUGUUCGUGCCUGGCCAGGCGGCGUGGGCAAUCGCAAGAUGGGCUCCAACUACGCACCCACGAUCAAUGUGCAGAAGGAGGCGGCCGCCAAGGGACUGCAGCAGGUGCUGUGGCUCUACGGCGAGGAUCACCAGCUAACCGAAGUGGGCACCAUGAACAUCUUCAUGUUCUACGUGAACGAUCAAGGAGAACAAGAACUGGUUACCCCACCGCUGAGCGGCCUAAUCCUGCCCGGAAUCACCCGCGACUCCAUCCUGCGCAUGACCCGCCAAUGGGGCAAGUUCAAGGUUAGCGAGGCGACCAUCACCAUGCCCAUGGUCUGCGAGCUGCUCAACCAGGGAAGGCUGCUGGAGCUCUUUGGAGCGGGAACAGCGUGCGUGGUUAGCCCCGUGAACAGGAUCAGCUACCUCGGCCAGGAUCUGUAUAUACCCACCAUGGAGCAGGAGAAGCCCGUCCACGAGCUGAUCCGCGAGACGCUCACCGACAUUCAGUACGGUCGAGUGGAUCAUCCGUGGUCGGUGGUGAUCGACUAAGUCGCUCCCAGCCAGAAAGCAUUCACUCCCAGAGCUGUUACCCUAUCCCUUCCCCGUUCCCGUUUCCUUACCGCAUCCCUUCCCCGUACCGUGUAUUAGUAGGAUUUAGUGCCAAGUGUUUUGUGGGUCGGCAAUGUGCUCGAAUUUGUUUCGUUUAUUGUGCAUUUGUCUAUAUGCUAGCAUAUACGGAUAUAUACAAUAUAUAUAUAUUAUAUAAUAUAGUAGGAUAUAAGUCGAGGGCCGAUUCGUUAAGUUGCAUUUAAAUGUAUAUUUAUUUAUUUAUGUCAGGAAUUCGAAUUGUACAUAAUUCCAACUGGUUCAAUGUUAUUUAUAGUUUCCCUAAUUAUUUUCAUAUUUUUAGUUGUGCGUGUUUAUAUAUACAAAUAUUUUUUUUUACUUUAUCUGAAGCUAUGAAUCGUCUUUUUGCGCUUUUACUUCCAAGCAGCAUCGAAAGCAAGGUAAAAUUACCAACUACAAAUUUUAGGACUAGGAUAAAGAGAUCGAGAAUUCCCCCAUCCAAGUGGCGGGAAUUAGUUGAAAACGUACCGGAGGCGAAAUGCAUUUAUUAGUGAGUAAGUGAUCGAAGCGUUCUUGGAGGUAAAAGCGGCACGAGAGGCACGAGGGCAGCAGCCAGCCAGCUGCGCCGAGCUGAGCUGUGACUAAAGCUAAUCUGAACCUGAACCCGUUAGUAGAACCUAGGCCUAGGCUGUAGAUCCUAACCCGAAUCAAGCUGUAUACUAAAUCUGUAACAUCUAGUUGAUAAGCGAACCAAGCGAUGAAUAAACGAUGACAAAAAUCAAGAACUUAUGCUAA